UAAAUGCUAACCUCACUCAUAAUAUGAACAUAAGCAGCAAUAAUAGUAGCAAUGUUGGAGGUGUACACGAAGUGAGUGAAUUGGUUGCAGCGACGGGUGGCAUAGCUGACAGUACAAACAAUGUGGUUGGUAGUGUCCUACAAGAUGCUGCCAACACACUGACAAAAGACACCACUGGCAAUAUUGAACACAACAAUAACAAUUAUUUAAACAGCAGCGAUUUGACUACAACAAUUAUAAAACAAUCGCCGACAUCGCCGCCACCUUUAGCUAACUCGCAUAUGUCUGCAGGUGCUGCAGUUGCUGCUACUGUUGUACAACAACAGCAGCAGCAAACUAAAGACAAUCUUUUCGCCACAACAGCAACUGACAUACAGCAACAACAACAACAACAGAUUCAAAUUAAUAACACUGCUGAGAACAAUUUGGGCAAUAUGAUUGAGAACAACAAUAACAAUAGCCACGGCAGCAACAAUUUGUUACGUAAAAAACAUGACUUGCCGCUAACAUGUCAACUGUCCAGUGAGCUUGUAACGACAAGUGUAUCUAGCAACAGCAACCUACAACAUCAUCACCCACAUCAACAGCAACAAACACAUCAUCAUCAUCAACAGCAGCAACAACAACAACAGCAACAAAUUAACGAACGUCCACCUCCGCCGCCAUAUCACGCAACUGCUGCAGCUAAAGUGUUCCAUGCACAAGCAACCAAUUGCACCAGCAACUCCAACACCAACACCAGCAAUGAAGCACUUUCGCAUGACAUAGCAAUCAAUCCAACAAGUCGUCUCACUGCGUAUGAGCAAUUUCUAAAAUUGUCUGCGCAGGAGUACAGUGUAUCUGCCGCUGAGAGCGCAGCUGCAUUGAAUUUAAGUAGUUUAGGCAAAGGCAUGCCGAGCACCGUUUCUGCAGAAACAGAUAUAAUGUUGCGUCAUGUCAAUGUUGCUGCUGCAAUGGCUGCGGCUGCGGUGGCUAAUGUAAGUGGUUCCAGCAUUGAAUCUACAAAUGCUGUCGCCGCCACUGAAGAUGUUUGUGAGCAUAAUUAGUGAACUUUUCUUGGCAACACAAAAAUAUAUGUUUUGAUUCAUUAAAAAUUUUAAAAUCAAGACAGCAGACUAAGUGAACCGAACUUGUGUUAGUGAAAUAUUCAAAUUUAAAUAAUAAUAUGAGUCUAACCAGCAUGUCUAUGUCCAGGCCAGGCCAGAACUAGGCUUAACGAUAAUAGCAUUGACCAGACUCUUGCCUUUAUAAAAGUUUCUGGCUGGUUCUAGUUCGACCUUUGUACCCACUAUUACGAGAAAUGGUGUGUUCAAAGCUAAGGAAAGGAAUGGUGUCUUUCUAGCUAAUUGAGGAGGAUACGUUCCUCUCUCCACUUCAACUAACUAACUAACUUUUUGAUUUAUAGUCUCAGGUGUCUAAUCGGGCUAUAUAUUACGUCCUUAAUGUUAUUUUUUUUGGAUGAUAUUAGUAUUGAAUAUUUUUCCAAUCCAUAGUACUUUCCAUAGUGGGUUGAGACGCAAUGAUGUAGACUAUGUUUUGUCUUUUCCAUUUUAUUUAUUUUUAUAAAAAUAUUAAGAUAUUGUUUAUACCCCCUUUACCCACGACAUCUUCUUUUCUAAAAGUGCUUUCACAUAUUUGAGUUCGGGAGACAUACAUAUAUGGAUUUUAAAUUAAAAUUAAGUAAAAUUUUUCAAAGGAAUUUUUAAAGAUGUAGGCAGUUCUGGUAUAAUAUUCAAAUAUUCAUAAAAUCAAUGAAUGACUUUUUUUAGAUAAGGAGAAAAAUUCUUACGACAGAUUUCACAGUCACAACUUGAGUCUUAAUGCUGACUUAACUCAAGAUAAGUUGAUCAAUUAACUUAAGUCGAAAAACAAUUAUAUA